AGUCGGGCAAGACGAAGUGCGAUAGAGCGCCGGCGUUGCCCCCUGCUUCUCUCCUGCUUCUUGCUGCUUGACAUUCCUUCACACCAGAUCGGCUUAACGGCGUUCCAAUGGCGGCUGCAGUUGAAGACAACAGUCUGUACCCGAUUGCGAUCCUCGUAGACGAGCUCAAACAUGAAGACGUGCAGCUGCGCCUGAAUUCUAUCCGCCAGAUCCGUAUCAUCGCGGAGGCGCUAGGUCCCGAGCGUACGCAGAACGAGCUGCUGCCCUUCGUAAACGACUCACUGGAUGACGAGGAUGAAGUGCUGUUAGUUAUGGCCGAAGAACUUGGAGCUUUCAUGGAUGUAGUGGGUGGCCCGGCUCACGCCUACUUGUUGCUUAAGCCUCUGGAGUCGCUUGCUACUGUGGAUGAAGCUUCUGUACGCGACAUGGCCGUGCGCUCAAUCUGUAAAGUAGUGGAAGCUAUGGAGCCUGAACACGUGUCGGAGCACUUUGUGCCGGUGUUACGACGUCUCGUCACCCGUGACUGGUUCACGUCACGUAUUGCUUCGUGCAAUCUCUUUCAGGUCGGCUACGCGCACCUUUCAGCUGAAAUUCAGGCGGAAAUGCGUGGGAUGUUCGGCCAGCUGUGUCGUGAUGACACGCCGAUGGUGCGCAAGGCCGCAUCCGCUGCACUUGGAGGCUUUGCGUCGGUAAUGGAUGACCCUAGUGCCAGUGGAGAGAUGUUGCCGCUGUUUUUUGCGUUGGCUACAGAUCGUCAGGACUCAGUUCGGAUACACACAGUCGACAGUGCUGUUGCACUGGCGCGUUUGGUCCCGACCGACGUGCUGGUGACGCAGGUGUUGCCGACGAUCUUUGAGACGGCUCGUGAUGGCUCGUGGCGUGUGCGAUGGUCUGUUGCCAACCGCUUCCCCGAGAUAUGCGAGGCUUUGAAUGCAGAGACAAUCAACUCGACGUUCUGCGACUCGAUUGUGUCGCUGCUGGAGGAUAACGAAGCUGAAGUGCGCACUGCUGCUACGUCCAAGAUCCUUGGAGCUGUGAAGUUGCUACAGCCUCAACGGAUUGUGGAGAAGAUCGUACCGUGCUUUCAACGUCUCGCACGUGACAUGUCGGACCACGUGCGGUCAGCUUUGGCUUCUGUGGUGAUGAAGGUCGCCCCGUUUCUGAGCCGGGACCUUACUAUUGAACAUCUUCUACCUCUCUUCCUGCUUUUGCUUAACGACCAAAACUCGGAAGUACGUCUAAAUGUUAUAUCGAACCUGGAAGAAGGCAACAAGGUAAUCGGAAUUGAGCUUCUGUCGCAGUCGCUUCUGCCUGCUAUCGUGCAUCUUGCGGAAGAUCGUCAGUGGCGUAUUCGGCUGGCUAUCAUAGAGUACAUUCCGUUGUUGGCUGCUCAGCUGGGACGCGACUACUUUGAGGAGCAGCUGGCGCAGCUCUGUAUGGCGUGGCUGGUGGACAAUGUGUUUUCGAUCCGUGAAGCGGCCACGAUCAACUUGAAGAAUUUGACGGAGCACUUUGGCGUGGACUGGGCACGGACGAGUGUGGUGCCUCGAAUCGCGACGAUGCACUCGAACACCAACUUCUUGCAUCGUCUGACGUCUUUGUAUGCCGUCAAGGUGCUGUGUGAAGCCAUGACCCCCGAGUCGAUUCAAACUCUGCUCAUUCCUCUGGUUGUUGACCUGGCUCAGGAUCCGGUCCCGAACAUCCGUUUUAAUGUGGCCAAGACACUGGAGGUGCUGGGCCCUAAAGUAGACGCGGAAGUAUGCGCGGCCACUGUCACCACGUGUCUGACGGCGAUGCUACAGGAUAGCGACACCGAUGUGGUCUUCUUUGCACAGCGAGCGCUCUCGAAGCUCGGCUAG